AUGGCUGUAUGUGCAUGUUGUACAAAAGUCUCUGAAGCAGAUUCUCUUGUUUUAGCGGCUAUCCAGAUUAUGAUUGGCAUCUUUUGUGUUUUCAUGUGGUAUCUCCUAUUGAUUUUGUAUAUGGGACAAAUUAAAGGAGUCUUUGGGACAUAUGAACCUAUAACUUACAAAACAGGAUGUUCUUUAUGGGGAAUUGUUUUUAUUAUUUCAGGAAUCACCAUAAUAAGUGUAACAAGGCAUCCAUCUCAACGCCAGCUUACCUAUGCUAUGCUUAUGAACAUCUUAUGCAUAAUUGUCGCAAUUAUUUCAACGAUUCUAACAGUGGUUGAGUUGUCUUCGUUUGAGUCUGUGUCAUACAGGAAUUAUGGACAAGCGAAACUUGGGAGAGAAAUUUCACGUGUUUUACUGAGCUUCUACACGUUGGAAUUGUGUAUUGCAUUCACAUACACAAUCUUCGGCUGUGUUGGUUUGUGCCGCAAAAAUGAAGAUGCUCAUACGGCUGUCACAGAGCAAGUUGAGGACGCUUUAUAG